AUGGACGCAAAUAAAGCCAUGAAGACCGCGGUGCAGACCGCCCGCGGUCUAGCAUACACGACAUCGAAGUUCACUCGAAUCAAGGACUGGCGCAUCGCGGUGCUCCAUAUCGGCCUCUCGGUGGCGAUCGUCAUCGGUCUGAUUUUCCAACUGAUCGGUAACAAGAGUUUCCUGUUGACCGAGGUGCCCCUGGGCACCGUGACGUCGUGGUCCUCCGCAAGUGACACUGCAAAAUACACCGGUCAGAAGACGUUCGAUGCUAUUCAGACAGAGUGGUCCACCAACAACAAAUGCUCCGAUAUGAGCGCAUACAAGUUCGAGUACGACGCGGAUUUCAACUACAACAAUCCCAUUUGCUCGUACAUGAGCCCAGAUGAGCUCGUCAAGAAAAAGUUCGACGGCGGCCUCCACCUCGCCACGCACAUUCACUACAGAAAAACUCUCCGUGUGCCUGCUGCCAGCAAGGCUGCAUGCCCUGACCCCGUGCCGAACAACUUCAACGACACCACCGCCACAUCGGCCCAAGCGAAGUUGACAUACAGCAACGGCAUUUGCAGGUAUAACGCGGAGCAGAACCUGUUCCCGUUGGGCAUCGAGGGGAUGAACUUCAACAUCAUACCCGGCUACGACACAACCUCCAAGAAUUACGCCGGCGUCAAGCCCAAGACGUUUGUCAGGAGAAAGGGCUCUGACGCCGACGUAUACACGUUCGCGGCCGGGCAGAACAUUGCGCUCGACGUCCAACAGUUGAUGGAUCUCGCGGGCCUCGACCUCGACAAGACCUGGGACGCACAGCCCAACGGCUACAAACCGGCAGAUUCUGAGAAGGGCUACGGCAGCAGCGCAAACGCCUACCCUACGCUAAGGCUGACCGGCGCUCGAAUCAUGAUCGACAUCAAGUACUACAACUACGAGCUGGACGAUCCCACCACCACCGAGAUGGGCACGGACGAGGUCUACGCCGUGGUGGAGGUGGGCGGUAAGGUCCAGUGGGAAUCCCGCGGACAGGCCAUCACGUACCGAAACAAGGUUGACGAAUGGGAUUCCCCUUUCAACAAGCUCGGCCAGCCCAACGGCGCGUUCGAGGACUUUUACGUGUACGGCAUCAACAUCGACGUCACCAGCAGCGGUAUCGUCGCCAAGUUCGACAUCAUGCUCUUCAUCAACACCGUCAUCGCCGCGCUCGUCUUGCUCGGAACGGCGAAAUCCAUCUGCGACGUCGUGGCUACCAAUUUACUCGGCGUCAAGUCCCAGCUCUUCUCCAAGUUUAUGCGCGAGGAGGUGGACCUGGAGCGCGAGUGCGCUCGGUUCGCGGUUCAGGCGCUCGUCGCCACGCACUUUUUCAAGCAGAAGGACGUCGACGGCAGCGGAAACCUCGAUCUCGAGGAGAUUGUUCAGAUGCUCCACGGCGCGUUCAGCAAAGAAGCAUUCGCCGUCGCCACCGAGGGGCUCGACCCCGAGGACCCCAAGUACAAGAAACUGAUGAAGUCCGUGCUGGACGACGACGAGAUCAGCGCGCUGGCGCUGUACCUCAUGCGGUGCGUGGACCCCGACAGGGCAAAGCACAAGCUCGAGGGCACCGAACUUAAGAUUGAGGACAUCGCGGGUAAAUCCGUAAAUCUCAACGAUUUCAUCGGCAUCUUCACCGAGGACAACAUGGACAUCGCCACGAUGCGCACGAUCAUCACGCAAACCUCGCUGGACGAACAGGUGGCCGCGGCUGAAGAGAGGAAGGAGAACCCCAACACCUUCGUGUGAGACCGAGUUUGAUUGUUUGCUACUUGACCCCGUGUAUUGCGAUGUGUAUUCCCGG